AUGGGGGCUGGUGCGAGCACUCCGGUUGCAGAGCCACCUGCGGCGACUUGUCCAGUGGACCACAAGACCCGUGAGGUCUGGCUACAACAACAUGGCAACGCGCCGCAUCCUCCGUCUCCCUCCGAAGCCGCUCAAGAUGGAAAAUCACCAGCAAAGAUGCAACGGCCUUUAUCAACAGAUCGAGAAGUGAGCAGCAUCCCACGGGCUGGAGAUAAUGGGCCACCGAGAGCUUGUCCACAAUCGAAUAGCGAAAGCCCAUCACCAUAUGCUGCGUCGCACGGUUGCCCGUCCAAUGCCGAAACCGAAACCGGGCGCGACGAAGCCACAGGCAACUGGAUCUAUCCCUCGGAGAAGCAAUUCUUCGAGGCAUUGAUGCGCAAAGGCAACACACCCGGGUCUACAUCCUCCGCUUCGGAGCUCGCAACAUCAGUUGCUUCGAUCAUCCCCAUUCAUAAUGCCGUCAAUGAACGCGCCUGGCAGCAAAUUCUAGAAUGGGAGCGCAACGCUCCUUCAGAAGACCCAGGGAGCAAGAAAUGUGGAGGGCCCAAACUAUAUUCUUUCCGUGGACUCGGUGUCGAACCUCAAUUUCUGAGCCCUCGAGCGCGGCUCAAUGGCUGGCUCGGUUACCAACGGCCCUUCGAUCGCCACGACUGGGUCGUUGAACGCUGUGGCGGAGAGCACGUUGAAUACGAAAAGCCGGGGGGGACCAGCACUCAGCCUGGUCUCACUGGCAACGCUGGACCAGGCAAACUCAGUUUCUACCUGGAUGUCCGGCCAAAACUCAACAGUUAUGAAGGCUGGAGGAUGCGUUUCAACCGUUUUACUGGUCUAUGA